AUGCCACCAAAACGAACAGCAGCUAAUGCUGCAGCUGGUGGUCGAAAAAAAGGUGGUGCAGCUGCUCUAUUUGAAAUGGCUGAACCAUUUACUAAUGGAACUAUAUUAACAGAUCUUUGUCAUAAAACAUGGUCUAUUGGACUACCUAUUGGACAAGGUGGUUUCGGUUGUAUAUAUGAAUGUCGUAGUACAUCAUCUAAAACACCAACAUAUGUUGUUAAAGUUGAACCGGAUUCAAAUGGACCACUUUUUUGUGAAAUGCAUUUUUAUUUACAAUUAGGAAAAAAAACAUUACAAGAUACAUUUAUUAAAGCAAAUCAACUUGAUCAUUUAGGUGCACCACAAUUAAUAAGUCAUGGCAUGCAUGGAAGUGCAACAACAAAACGUCGUUAUCGGUUUUUAAUUAUUCCAUAUUAUAAACAAACACUUGCUAAUGAACUUCAAUUAACAAAUAAUAAUAUAGGCCAUUGUCUUAAUGAAAAACGUGUACAAUCAAUAGGUAAACAAAUACUUGAUAUAUUUGAAUAUAUUCAUUCACAUGGUUAUGUACAUGCUGAUGUUAAAGCUGAAAAUAUUCUUAUGAAUGAUUCUAUACAUAUUUAUUUACUUGAUUAUGGUCUUAGUCGAAAAGUUUCAUUACAAUAUGAAGAAAAAAUUCAACGACGACAUGAAGGUACAUUAGAAUUUACAUCAUUAGAUGUACAUCGUGGUGCUGUACCAUCAUUUCGUGGUGAUUUAGAAAUUCUUUUUUAUAAUAUGUUACAUUGGCUUGGUGCACGUUUACCAUGGUUAACUAUAAAUGAUGGUGCACGUGUACAACAAGCAAAAAUAACAGCACGUAGUGAUCCAUCAGGUUUUAUUCAAAGUAUAUUUACAAAUAAAAAUUCCAUAUCAUCAAAAAUGGUUGAUGCAUUAACACAAUUUUUUCGUGAAAUUAUACAAAUGAAUUAUACAGAUAAAGGUGAUUAUCGACGUUUAAGAGAAAUUAUAACAUGUAAAUCUCGACAACGACGUUCAUCGAUUGGUGCUGUUUCAUCACGAAAACCAUUAAUUGAUUCAAGAAAAGAAGAUGAAGAGGAAGAAGAAGAAGAAGAAAAAAAACCGGAACCAAAGAAAAAAAUUUCACCACGUUGUUCAACAACAAAAACAACAGCUAAUCGAGCACGUAGUGCUUCACGUGAUCGUGAUCGAAGAAAAAGCCGCAACGAAACACGUUCACCAUCACCACCAAUUCAAAUGCUUUCUGCACGAACACCAACAUUAAACAUGUUUAGUACUUUAUCAACUCAAUCAAAAAACAAAAUUUCCAAUCAUGAUGUUGAAGAUGAUGAAAAUGAUAUUGAUAUGAAUGUUAUUCUUAAUCCAGCGUUAAGUUCAACACGUAUUGAACGACCACGUCGAGUUCAUGCACCUCCUCCUGUACCAGCACCGCCACCUAAAAUAACAAAUGAUUAUUAUAAUAAAGCAGUUAAUCUUAAUACGGAUGAUAAAAUUAAUAAGAAACAACCGAUUACAUCAACAAAUAUUCGUUCAAAUACUAAUACAUCAAAAAAUGAAAGAGAACAUUCAGAUAUUAUUGCAAAAGUUCUUGCUGGCAUACCAUUAACAGAUAAUGAGAUUCGCCGAGUUAUUCAUCGACCUAAAUAA